AUGGUAUCGCGAUUUGGUUCUUAUGAAGAUGUUGAAAAGCGUAUACAGAAUGCUUGUGCAGCUUAUAAUUCAAAAAAUCCCCAGAAAAUUACUGAUCUUGCGCUUGAUUUUGUAGUGCCAUAUCAUCGGCUCAGACGACGACUUCAAGGCGGCAACUCAAAAUCAGAACGCCCACCAACAAAUAUGAGACUUACGCCAGCGGCAGAGGCUGCUUUACGCUUAUAUAUUACCCGCUGCGAUCAGCUAGGCAUGCCAGCACUUGUCCCACAGCUUAAAAAUGCCGUUCAGUAUCUUCUUGAUCUCGAAGAACCUACUGGCUAUGCACCUAAAGUUGGUCAACACUUUAUUACUCGAUGGCUACAGCGUAAUCCUGACUGUCGACGAGUUAAACAAAAACCUCGCGAGAUUACACGUACUGCUGCUGCUGCUGAAGAGGCAUAUAAAGCACACUUUGAUGCCGUGAAGGAGAUCAAGUACCGUCAUGGGAUUCUCCCCGCCGACACCUACAAUAUGGACGAGACUGGCUUCCGGAUAGGCUGCGGUGGGUCGCAAUGGAUUAUUACUAUGGACUAG